AUGCGCUUCCUUGAACCGGAAGCAGAUGACUCAGUGUCACUCCCAACAUGGCAGUCAAUCUCGCGGACUUGUCUCUGCCUCAGCUUGAGGGUCUAAAAAGCCAAUUAGAUCAGGAGAUUGAGUUCCUGACAUCCUCAAUAGGCCAGCUCAAAGUCGUCCAGACCAAAUAUGUUGAAGCAAAAGAUAGUUUGAAUGCACUAAAUAAAAACAACCAAGGGAAAGAACUACUGGUUCCCCUUACAAGUUCUAUGUACGUGCCUGGAACGUUAAAUGAUGUGGAGCAUGUCUUAGUGGAUGUGGGCACAGGAUAUUAUGUUGAAAAGAAUGUAUCUGAUUCAAAGACGUUCUUCAAGCGAAAAAUAGAUUUCCUCACAAAGCAGAUUGAGAAAAUUCAGCCCGCCCUUCAGGAAAAACAUGCCAUGAAACAAGCUGUGAUAGAAGUCAUGAACGGGAAGAUCCAGCAACUACAACAAAGCGGACAGGCCACCAGCGCCAAGGCUUAACGACGUCAACCUUAAAAUUAAUGUGUUACAGUUGUAACAUGUCAUUAUUGUAAUGUCGUGUCAAUCCACAUAAGGGACAUCCUUGCUACAACAUAGUAACUACUUCAGUAGGAAUCAUGAGUGCAACAGUCGCAUAUAUGCCUCACAUUUUAGCAAGAAUUAUGAUCUCCUAAGGCACAAUGCUAUAAAAAGGAAAACUUGGACAUACUUGGGAGUAGUAUGUGCACCGCGUGUAUAAAUAAGACUACACUGAAAAUAAAUAAAUGAUAAAUGGGUUGUACUUGUAUAGCCCUUUUCUACCUUCAAGGUACUCAAAGUGCUUUGACACUACUUCCACAUUUACCCAUUCACACACACAUUCACACUAAUGGAAGGAGCUGCCAUGCAAGGCGCCAACCAGCACCCAUCAGGAGCAAGGGUGAAGUGUCUUGCUCAGGACACAACGGACGUGACGAGGUUGGUUCUAGGUGGGAUUUGAACCAGUGACCCUCGGGUUGCGCACGACCACUCUUCCACUGCGCCACGCCGUAAAUGAGUUAACACAGCUAGCAACACAAGUGUCAAAGUAUAUAUACUGCUAUUCAAGCUGUUCACUAACUACCCUAAGUAUAUGUAAGUUUACUUUUAUAGUGUUCUGUAAGAAAACAUACUUUCAUAAAGUUGUUGCUGAAAUGUGAGGGCUGCACUAUACUGUAUGUCUGACUGUGACAUUAAAGUUAAAGCAAUGAUAAAGAUUGUCAAAUACAAAUUGUUAAUAAAAGAUCAAGAAAAUGGAUGGAUGGAUGGAAAACAAA